UUUUCAGUCAUGCUUUACUGAAAUCCAAACUGAGAAUGAACACACUACAUACACAAUGGGAUGUACUGAUAACCAGAAUUGCGGAGACAUUCCAGAAUAUGAUGCAGUCACUAAGCUUAAUGCACUCCCUGUAGAGAAAUGUUACGAAUGCUGUGAUCGCAAAGGAUGCAACUAUCACCUUUGUAAACAUCCGAAACCAUCGCAGUGCAAAGAUGACAAAAGAGUUGAUUGUGCGAAAAUGAACGAAAUGUUUGAUAUCUGUAAAGACAUACAUGAUGCCAAAUUAGUUUGUCCUAACUUCUGUAACUUAUGUCGACUAGUUGAUGGUAGCUGGGCUGAUUGGUCACAAUGGUCAGCAUGUGACGUCACGUGUGGUAAUGGUAAUCAUACUAGAACCAGAACAUGCACAAAUCCAGCGCCAAGUUAUCAGGGUUUAGAAUGUGAAGGAAAAAAUAUGGAUUUUAAGCCUUGUCAACGACCACUAUGUCCAGUCCAUGGCGGAUGGUCAAGUUGGUCUGACUGGAGUGCUUGCCCGGUAACAUGUGGGCUUGGCCAACAAAAACGUCACAGAAAUUGUUCCAGCCCAUACCCUUUACGUUAUGGUGAUCAUUGCUUUGGGGAUCCAGUUGAUUUCAAAAUUUGUAUUGAAAAGUCGUGUGAUGAUGGCAUUUGGGGAAAUUGGAAGGAAUGGGGAUCAUGUAGUACCUCAUGCGAUAGCGGUAUACGCCAAAGGUCAAGAUCAUGUGUAAAUCUGGUUGGAACGAUAUGUAACGGGAACUCUUUAGAAGUUCAGCUAUGCAAUAGACAGGAUUGUCCUUGCAAUACUAUGCCAACGCUUCGCAAUGGUGUUUUGAAACGGCAAUCUGAAUCCCCGUCAAAGAUAACGUUUAACAUUGUAUGCAACGAUGGAUACCAGGUAGCAGGUCAAAAUCAUACCACAUGUGACAAGAAAUCGGGGUGGAGCAAGUUGCCAAUUUGUAAAUUAACGUGUGGAGAACCAGCCGUUCCAUCAAACGGACGACUUGUCUUUACAAGUGGAAUCGUAUUCGAAUCAAUUGCAAAGUUUGAGUGUUUAAGUGGUUUUAUUAGCUUUGGAAAUCCUGUAUCAACAUGUGAAGGUAAUGGAAAAUGGUCCACCUCUUUAUCAUGUGCUUCUGUUGUUAAAACGUGUUCAGCAAGGUUGACCUACAACGCAAGUUACACAAAUGUUGCUCUCAGAAAAACUGUCGAACUGUCGUCAACAUAUUCAGCUGCUUGUAUAGGAGCAAAAAUGGUUGAUGGUUAUUUUAAUAAUGUGGCAAUAACACAGAAACAGUAUCGUCCAUUUGCAAUAGUUGAUCUAGAAGACAUAUAUUCGAUUUUUUCUAUUUAUAUUGUCAAUAGAAAGGACUGUUGUGCAACUGGACUUAAAAACGUUGUAAUCCAAAUCGGGGUCGAGGCCAACAAGCUAGUAACUGUUGCCCGUCAUCAGACAGCAAUAGGUGCGGAGUGCACGCUUCGUUUUGAGAAUCCACUAAGAGGCCGUUACGUAAAGAUUAUGCUUGAAAUCACAGAAUAUUUACAAAUCACAGAAUUCCAAGUAUUCAGCCAAACAAGAACCUAAUUUGAUAUGGAAUUAAAAUUUGCGGAUAUCAUAAAGUAACUGAGUGUUUUGAGGAAAUAUAUUUACUUUCUUGGA